AUGUCCUGUCCGCAUCGACCGGGGGCCGCGGAUUUGAAGUUGGAACCCGUACAAGACCCAUCGUCUCAGUCUAAUCCGGAAUUAUUCGUGACCCAGCACGUUGACUUCGAUUGGAAGGUCGAUUUCAAUGCAAGAGUUCUUAGCGGCAAGGUCACGCUUCAUAUGACGCCCUUAGAUUUAUAUUCUGCAGAUAGUGUUGCUUUGUUUUUUUUUAAAUCCCUGGCAUUUUGUUGUUUGUCACUGGUCCGGUUUUUCUCGGUUUACAGAUUUACUGUUGUUAUCGAAUACGACACAACGCCACAGUCUUCUGCUUUGCAGUGGUUGGACGCGCAAAUGACCGCAGAUAAAAAAUGUCCUUUUCUCUUUACUCAAUGUCAAGCAAUUCACGCUCGCAGUCUGUUCCCUUGCCAAGACACUCCUCGUGUCAAGUUCACUUAUACUGCUUGUGUGAUUGCACCUCCAGGGGUCACAGUUUUGAUGAGCGCCCAGCGUCCUACCUCUCCACGUCAUUGCGACGAACCGGAAAGUCCCUCUAUGCACUUUUUCACGCAAGAUAUUCCCAUUCCUAGUUACCUUGUCGCUUUGGCUUGUGGGGAGUUGGUGUCUGCACGAAUCGGAUCCCGGUCGUUGGUGUGGGCGGAGCCAAGUGUUUUGCCGAGGGCACAACUUGAGUUUAACGAGGUGGACACUUUAAUCGCAGCGGCGGAGAGCCUCUGUGGAGAAUACGAAUGGGGUAUUUAUGAUAUCCUUGUUCUGCCACCCAGUUUCCCAUACGGUGGCAUGGAGAACCCUUGUCUAACAUUUGUUACGCCGACUCUCUUGGCCGGUGAUAGGUCGCUGACGUCGGUUAUUGCUCAUGAAAUAUCUCAUUCAUGGACAGGCAAUUUGGUUACAAAUGCUUCUUGGGAGCACUUUUGGCUCAAUGAAGGCCAUACCAAAUACGUGGAGGGACUUGUUUUAGAACUCCUGUACGGGACUGACUAUCGUGAACUCUUCAUCGAACUGGGCUACGAGGAGUUACAGAUUUGUCUAGGCGAAUUUAAAGAAGGUCACCCUCUUGCAAAGAUGGUCCCGUGUUUAACUGGAGUUCAUACGGAUGACGCAUUCUCUGUGAUACCCUAUCAGAAGGGUUCUCUACUCCUCUACUAUCUCGAGCAAACUUAUGGAAAAGCUGCCAUACUUUCGUGGUUAAAGUCAUACAUUUCACACUUUCGUCGUCACUCAUUGAGUACGCGUACGUGGAUGGACUUUCUGGCCGCCCAUCUUGGGCAGACAGUUCUCCAAGAGGUCAACUGGAAUGAAUGGCUUUAUGGUUCUGGCCCCAUCCCCUGGGUUCCAAAGUCCGAUCGUAAACUCUCGAGUGUAGUGGAUCAGGUGGUUGAGCGCAUUAGAAGCACCCCGCUAGGCAGUGACACCGACUCGGCAGCCUACGUUCGUUGUCAGUACGAGCUGAUGAUACCGCUUCAACGCCAACUGCUCUGGCAGCGCCUGCUCAAGUAUAUCCCGCUCUCCCAUGACAAUCUUCGUGUUCUCGAUAGCAUGCUCGCUGUCUCUCGUUCUCAAAAUGCCGAAAUUCGAUACCGAUGGUCACUUAUUGUCCUUUAUUCACAAUACCUCCCCGGUGUUGACUGUGCCCUGGAGUUUCUCAAUAGUCAGGGCCGUAUGAAAUUCACUCGACCAAUCUACAAAGCCUUAAUGGCCUGGCCAACUAUUCGGCAGCAAGCUAUCAAUAAUUUCAAAUCCCACCGUCCAUUCUUGCAUCCAACGACUGCCAAACUCGUUGAGAAGGAUAUCGGUCUCUGCUAG